CUUGUUUCUACCUACCUUUCAGAAAAUCUGGGAAAUUAUUAGAACCAUGGACAACAGUCCGCAGGCUCGUUGCUGGGUUGUGCAUUUCUGCAAGCACAAUCUACAACGCCUGAAGACCACGGCCUUUCCCCAUAAUAAGGUCGGCGGAAUCGAUUCAAAUUCGAUAUCCGACUGGGUAGCGCUAGACACGUUUUGGCCCGUAGGCAAGAGCCAUGCCGUUUUGCAUGCUAUCAACCUGCACAGCCGCGCAAGCAAAACGCACACACUUACGCGAGCCCCGAAAAUGCAGGACGCUAAGAACUUUCUAGAAAGCCUCAAGGCGUGUGGGGUUAUUGGUAAGAACAUCGUAUGCGACCAAGGCAAGGAGUUUGACAAUUCCGAAGUUCGUCAGUUUUGUCAGUUGUAUGGCUCCCAACUUUUCUUAACCCCUAAAGCCUCUUGGGUAAAUGGUACCUGCGAACGCAGACACAGAGUCUUUCGCUCUGUUCUUCACAGGCUCUAUUAUGUAUUCGGGCAGACAACUACUCUUAUCCCCAAAUUAGUCGAGCAAGCCACUAACGCUGUCAAUAUGACACCAACUAGCGCACUAGAUGGCCCAUGUCCCUACCGGGUUCAGUGGGUUAUCAAUCCCCAUAAGUUGGAGCCCCCUGGCCCUGAGGAUUUGAACGGCCAGCAGUUAGUACUCAUGCAAGACCCAGAAGUAAAAGAAGCCUACCAAAUGCGUUGCGAGGCUAGCGCCUGGAUAGAAAAAGUCAAAACUGAUAGUCAACUUGUGGCCGAAAUGAAAAAGCUACGCGAAACGCAGAGGAACUGCUACAAAGAGUCCGACGAAGUUAAACAAGGCGAACUAGUAGAGUUCUUUGAUAAAGAUAAGAAGGAGUGGAUGGGUCCAGCGACUCUAAUCCAUAGACAAGUCAACCCAGAUUCAGUAACUUUUGUAGUAGAUCACGACGGCCACUAUCGCCGUGCGCAUGCUAGUCAUAUUAGAAAGCACGCGACAGCUAGUGACAUGCUGCUACCUCCUAUGUUGUUGAAAGUCUUAUACAAGACGCACAGCAUGCCCGUGGGGCAGAGACUACCGCAAGUGGGAGAGUUUGUUGAAGAGGAAGCGAAAAUAAAAGUCGUCGGCGAUGCAUCGGACAGGCGCAAGGGCACAAGACCCACGAAAGUCAAUCAGGAUGAAUUCGAACGCGAUUCGAAACUUGAGGAAGCCCAGCCAGUGCGGCCCGGAAGUAACAAGGAGAAGCCUGCCAGCGUGCAGAAGCCUGCUAGUGAGCAGAAGGAGCCUGCGUGGCAAGAUGUGAAAGGAAUCCAGGCAGUGCGACCUGA